ACUGUACUCCCCUGUUUAUAGUGGUGAAGUAUAUGCCGAAACAAACAUGGCAGAUGGAUACACUGAAGAAUGAACGAAGGUGUCUGUUUGCGUUCUGCUGGACCCGGCCCCUGCACAGUGCCAGAGUGGCGGAGCGUUUCUGAGAAACAUGUGGGAAUCCCGCCUCACAUUCAGAGAUGCAGGCUGACCCAAGAGAGGUCAGAGGGGUUUCAGCUUGUCUUGAAAAACCUGGAAGGUACGCCAAUCAGACAGAAACUCCUGGAGGGUUUCCAGGGGGUUCAUUACCAGCUCCGGGUCUCGCUCUUCGAUGUCACCUACCGGCACUUUUUUGGGAGGACGUGGAGGAGUCCUGCAAGGCAGCUGAGGAGCUUACCAGGGCACCCCCCCAGAGUGUCCUUUAACGAGGUUGUUUAUUUCCACACCUCUCUCAUCUACCCGAACAUCGUGGCCGUGGUGGAGGUGGUGGCCGUGGCACAGAAACAGAACGGUUCUCAAUAUGCGCUGUCCUGUGGCUUCGGGAUUCUGCGCCUCUUCAUCAGCCACACGGAUCCUGUGGAGUCUUCCGACGCCAAGCUGGACAAGAGAUUACAUCUCUACCAUGGGACACCCAGAGCCUUGCUGAGCCCAGAACUGCAAGACCCCAUUGAAAAGAAUGAGUUCAUGACACUGAUCGAAGGGGCUCAUGUUCAGUGCUCUAUGCGGCCCCAUCCUGCCCUGGAAAGGGUCAUGCAUCUUCUCCCUCAGAACAUGCUGGUGUCCGGAGCAGAGAUCAUUCCAGGGGUGGUGCCUCCAACAAAAGAAGUUGUGGACUGCUUGCAGAAGCCACGUAUCUGGAAGACAGUGACCUGCUACCUGGAUAAGCUGUCUCUCAGCCUGUAUCCCUCCCUUGAGAGGUUCGAAGAAGAACUACUGGAACUUCUGAACACAGACAGGCUUAACAGGGAGGACUCGGGUCCGGAUGGGAAUUCAGUUGUAGUCCAGGAGCGCCGGGUGCACAUUGCUGUUCACAACGGCUGGGGCUUCGUGGACAAACCCCAGGUGGUGGUGGUGGAACCCGAGGCCGAGGGGGCGAGGGGGAGGACGGGGAGCUUAAUCAAGAAUCGGGGCUCUCUAUCCAGACUCGGCUCCUCUGCUCAGCACAUGCUGGUCCUAAGAAGCCGUGUGCAGCUGAAGGAGAUGGUGAAUCACCCUGCCUUCGUCAUCACCUUCCAUUUGGAAUAUGUCUUCUCAGCACCGACAGGCGGGGAAGGCAAGAUGUCCUCCACCUCUUCUCUCUCAAAGACAGCCUAUAUGCAGUCUGUGCGCUGGGCCGUUUGGAACCCCUUUUUGGAAGCAGGGAAUUCUGAAGUCAGCCUGUCAUUACAGGGAGGACCCCUGCCAAACCCCAACAAUGUGAUGGUGUACAAGGCCCCCUCUACUGAUAUGCGCUCCCCUGAGGUGAAGGAGCUUGAGCGCGGCACUCUGAGGGUUCGAUUCUCAUCCCACCAGGAGGGACGCCCCCCCAGCCCAGCCCCAGAAAGGAAACCCCCGUCUUCUGCACUUCGUCGGAGUGUUUCCCAGGUCCAGGAUUCCCCUCCCAAAUCUCCACCUGGCCCUGGUCUGUCUAUAUCCCAGCUCUCUGUAAACCCCCGUUACCCAACAAUCAGCCACUCCACAGCGUCUCCAUGGCAACAGCAGUUUCCCUCCCAGCUAUACCCAUCCCCAAUGGCAGGACUCUACCAGAUGUCACAUGCUGAGUUGCCGUUCGCCAGCAGUAUCGCCCACCUGGAGGCUGACCUGAGCUGCUCAGCUGAGCAGUCUAACUCCCCCUGCACAGAACAGCUGCAGGAGCUGCCGUUCAACCCUGUGCAUGCGCCCGUCAUCGCCUUGGGAACCCAGGUGUCCAGCGCCAGGGCUACUAUCUCACGAAGCUCACUGGUUCGGCUCCACUCCUCUGGUUUUCCUGAGAUCCUAGACUGUAACAACCAAGCAGCUGAGGUUGUUGAUCCUGCUGAGCCGGUCAACUUCAGCCCCAGCGGAGAAGAGUCUGACUAUCUCCAGUGCAAUGAGAUCAUCCUCCAGUUCCUUGCAUUUACCAGAACGCCUCAGGAAGGGAUGAAGACAGACUGGCUGAAGUCUGUUUAUUUCACGUUCCAGCUGUACCGCUUCCCUCCAGUCACCUCUCAGCAGCUGCUGCUGGUGAACACAGACAGGACUCCAAGCAGAUCGGGGGACCCAGCCCCCUGCAUCCUGGUCCAGGUUAACAAAGAUGGAACAGUUAACUCUGGGUCCCCAGGGUUGCAGCUGAAGUACAUGGUGGACCCUGGCUUCCUGAAGCUAGGUGAACAGCGCUGGUUUGUCCGCUACCUCGCCCUUCAGACUCUGCAGAUUGAUGUAUGGGACGCAGAAUCCUUGCUUCUCAUUGGUUCCUCAGCUGUGGAACUCAAGCAUUUACUGCGUCAGGGAAGGGCUGCAGUUCAGGUGAUCCAUGAGUUGGAGGUCAUCACAACAGAAUAUGUCCAGGACUCUGUGAGUGUCUCUCAUCACGGUCGUGUGAAUGCCAUUGGUGUGUCCACCAUCGUGAAGGGGACACUGCAUCUACGCUUGGGCAAUGUUGGACACCUCUUGGAGCACAGACUGAAGCACACAGACUCUCUGCCCCCGUCUCUCUCACGGGUCGUGUCCUCCCAUGACAGCAUCAGCGGCUUCACAGGAGGCAGCCUGUCCUCUACAAGCAUCUCCAACCUCAACGCAAAGAACGCCUCGCAUGCCCGCCGCUUGCCCGAUAUUGACGGGGAGCUGGCGUCCAUGCUGUGCAGCCGAAUGAAGGAGGCCAGCAUCGCCAUGCAGCACGCCAGCAGGGAGACGGACAGCACCCGCCAGCGCAAACUGGAGAGGAUGAUGGCAGUGCGGCAGUACGAGGCAAAGGAGGGUGACACAAUGCCCUACGUCAUGACUCGUCGGGAGGAACAGAUCCAGCACUCCCGCGACUUGCAGAUAAUCGAAGCUUACAGGGAGCGCAGCAAAGCAGAGAGCAUCACCAAGAUGCUGAGUCUGGCCAUCACCACCCAGCACACUGUCUACGCCACCCUGGGCACGGCAGAGUUCUUCGAGUUUGCCCUGAGAAACCCCUCCAACACUCAGCACACUGUCACCAUUGAGUUCAAGGAUCCAGAGCUUAGCGUCAUUGUGGACACACGGGAAUGGAGACACUUCAAGGAGCUGUCGAAGACUCUCACCCCUUUGGAAGAGGACAUGUUCCACCUGGAAGGAAACACACUGAGACCUCAAGUCUAUCUCCGUCCUAAAGAAACUGUCUACAUCCCUUUCAAAUACCAAACCUUCAAUGCAGACCAUGUAGUCAUGACACAGGGACCAACCGAUCUGCGAUUGAGCAGGAGUGCUAACGUCAUAGACAGCCAUCAAUCCAAAACUGUCCAGGCUAAGAUCAUUAGGGUCUCAUUCAGGGCUGAGGAUGGAAAGCCUCUGGCUAUCUGCCAGGUGAACGUGGAACCCACGCCGAACGUUAUUGAUCAGACGUUUCGGUUUUACCAUCCCGAGCUCACCUUCCUGAAGAAAUCCAUUCGGCUGCCUCCCUGGCACACCCUACCAGGAACCCCAGUUGGAGUGUCAAGUGGGGAGCCCCAGAUUUAUGUCCGAUGCAGUGACCCCAAUGUUAUCUGUGAAACCAAGAAGAUGGCUCCAGGUGAACCCCAGGAUGUGUUUCUGAAAGUAGCCGGUGGUCCAAGUCCGCAGAUUAAGAAAUUUUUCAUCACAAUUUUCACGGAUCCAUGGCUGGCUGCCCCCAUUCAGAUCUGGCAGUUGUACGUUCACUGCCUGCAGCGCGUGGAUGUGAGCUGUGUGACUGGUCAGCUGACCCGCCUGUCGCUGGUCCUGCGAGGGACACAGACUGUCAGGAAGGUCAAGUGUUACUCCUCCCACCCACACCAGCUACAGAUUGACCCUGCAGAUGUGUUUGUCCUUCCUCCAAAUGCAGUCCAGGAUCUCCACAUUGGAGUGCGGCCCCAGAAGGCAGGCAGUAAAUUCCUCUACCUGAACGUGGUUGACGUCGACUACCACCAGCUGGUGUCCUCGUGGCUGGUCUGUGUGUCUUGCAAGCACCCGCUUAUAUCCAAGGCCUUUGAAAUCUCGCUGUCAGCAGGGAAGGGCAGCAACAAGAAAAUUACCUACACCAAUCCGUAUCCCACCAGGAGAGCGCACUUCCUCUGCACAAACCGAAUGGACCUGCUGCAGUUCAAAGAGGACGCCUUCGAGAUCGGAGGGGGAGAGACGUACACCAUCGGCCUGCGCUUUGCGCCCAGCCAGAGCACAGGUGAGGAGGAGAUUCUCAUUUACAUCAACGAUCAGGAGCACAAGAAUGAGGAGACUUUCUGCGUCAAGGUUGUGUACAGUUAAGCUGACGGAAAGAUGCCACCUGCCAGGGUCUCCUGCAACACUACAGUCCACUGAAACCAUGAGUGGCUACUGCAGCUGGAGAGCACAAGUUCCUAUUUCCUUUUUGUUGUUCUAAAAUUAAAUUUGAGUAACCCUUUAAACAUUAAGCUCAGGGAACAAGACAACACUUUUUCAGGAACCUAGUUUGAGGUACUUUGCUGUAUCAAACCCUAAGUCUUGCCUGGUGUGCCAUGCAGUGGCCUGAAAACUAGUCUCCUGAAGUUCCAAGCCACAAAGGGGAUUCGUAUUCCCUCAGCUUUAGAUGGGGGACACUUGAUAGCAAUUUUACACAUACAGCCUGACCAAAUCAGGUCGGUGGGACGGUAAUUCAGUCCCCAAAUUACUGAAAAUACCCGUUCAGCAGAUAGCAGGUAUUUUGUUCUAAGUUAAGGGCCACCAAUGUGGAGUUUCUAGCUUUUAAGUUAGACUCUACAGAGUAGGACUGCAUUCGAUUUGGUUUGAUUGGAGAUCUUAAAACAUCUAUAAUUUGGGACCACUACAGUAUGUAUUGGAUAAUUGUGAGCUUAUUUCUACUGAAAUAAAAAGGGAACAUUUUUCAU